AUGGCCAUGGAGGAAGUGGGGAAAACCUACUCAUAUAACACGAUGCAUGAUAUCGCCAUCGGACGACGACUUCAAGUAGUUUGUGUCGCGUGGACUGAGAUAGCAGCAAAUCUCCUGCCUAGAGGAAGAACUACGGUCGGCCAACGAGUAAGUUCUGGAUUGCUUUUACAAGGAGUGGUAGAGGCGAAGACGUCGCCUUCCACGAUUCAAGACGAUGCAAAUGAGAUUUUGAAUCAACUGUACCAUCUUGACCAACGCUGA